CAGAGGAAUAAUGGCGAUGUGCACAAUGUUGCGAUGUGCUUCUGUUGGUUUGAUUUCCUCACUGCCUCGAAUUUCACACAAAAACGCUCUGAUUCCAGCUAGACUGUUGGCGAAGACAUGCUGUAACAGAACUCUGAGCACAACCACUCGAUUAUGCGCAGAACUGAAGUUCACAGACAAACACGAAUGGGUUCGUGUGGACAGUGGCGUGGCAACCGUGGGCAUUAGUAAUUUUGCUCAGGAGGCACUGGGGGACGUAGUGUACUGUGGGCUUCCUGAAGUUGGCACAAAGUUAUCACAAUCAGAUGAAUUUGGUGCUCUCGAGAGUGUUAAAGCAGCAAGUGAGUUGUACUCUCCUCUGACGGGGGAGGUGAUACAGGUUAACCACGACCUGGCAGACAACCCUGGAUUGGUAAACAAGUCCUGCUAUAAAGAUGGCUGGCUGAUGAAGAUGACUGUAUCUGUUCCUGUGGAAUUGGAUGGAUUAAUGGAUGAAGCUGCUUAUGAGAGAUACAUCAAAUCUAUAGCAGACUAGUGCGUGCUGCUGGCUUGUCUGAACUGGGGGAGAAUUUAUAAAGCAUUAAGGAAUGUGUAUUUCUUCAUCAAAUACAUUUGUUUGUAGUUGAUUUAGUUUAGAUAUACUUAUCUGAAAUAAAUAUACACAUGAACCCACACUCCGUGAAUUGGGACCACAAGGACAUUGUAAUGCACUUGGCUUGGAAAGCCACAAGCAAAUGUGGUUGGAUUGAGUGAGUUAUUUUCUUAAUCAUUUAUUAUGUUUUCCAUCCUCAGAGAUCUGAAUAUCAGACAUCUUAUGAAAGAGUUUCAUCUCCUUUACAGAUGUUACACUGUUUCUAUGAAAGCUUGUCAGUGCUUGGAUUAAGCUAGAAAUAAAAUAAGUGGAAAUUUAAUGACUGACUGAGACUGGUAAAGCUAUUAACAUGAAUUAACAUCAUUAAACAAAUAUUAAAAUCUCU